CGCAGAGAAUGGAGGGGCAACGCCGUCGCCGCGCCGUUGUUUGCUGUACGUGCCGCCGCACAGGGAGACGUCAUUUUGAGGGGGAGCGGAGAGUUAAAAUGCAGAGUUACGAAGGGACGUACGGUUCAGAGACAAGCGGCACGUAACCGUCACGGUGAAAAUGCAAAAAGCUUUAACCGUCUCGAUGAACAAACUGGACAGCUGUUAUAUGAAAGCAGCCCCCCUCUGCAUUCUGCUCUGAGUGUGAUGGCGACCAAUGAAGAGGUCACGAUUUCGAUGGCCGAGGUGGUGAUGAUGAAGGCUGAUAGUGAAGAAGACCCGAAUAAGACUCAGGUCAUCCUCCAGCUCCAGCCAAUCACCACUGGAGAUGAAUCUGCUGAAACAGACGCCGCUGUCAUGGCCGUUGAAGCACAUCCCGAACCAACUGAGGGAGAAGACGUGGAGAUUGGCUGUCCGAUAACGUGCGGUGACUGCAAAGCUGUGUUGCUAGUGAAGAAGUUUGUGUGCCCGGGAAUCAAUGUGAAAUGUGUGAAGUAUGAGGACCAGCUGAUUAGCCCGAAGCAGUUUGUCCACAUUUCUGGAAAAGCCACUCUGAAGGACUGGAAGAGAGCCAUCAGGAUGGGCGGAGUCAUGCUAAGAAAAAUGAUGGAUUCGGGUCAGCUGGACUUCUACCAGCACAGCACACUGUGCACCAACACGUGUCGCAGCACAAAGUUUGACCUUCUGAUCAACAACACACGCUUCCCUCCUGAUGGCUCGGGACUGACCACACCGACGUCCUCUCAAACUCAAGUGGUUCUUGGUAAUGGCGGGGCCAUGGGGGAGGACAGAGCCGAGGUUCUGAGCGGAAAGGUGGACUGGAGCUUGAGCUCACUGGAGUCUGCAGACAAGAAGGAAUCUAACGAGAUCUCAGAGGACACGCUGAACUUCUGGAAGGGCAUUGCUGACGUGGGUUUGCUCGGUGAAGUGGUCACUAACAUCAGCACGGAGCUGCAGGAGCUGUUGAACGGCGUGCAGCAGCGCAAAGAGCCAGCUGCUUUACAGGAAACCGAUUCCUGUCUGGUAGAGGUGGCAGUGCUCAGUAACCUGGCCCAGGUGUUCGGCCUACUCGACUCGGUGAAGAAGAUGCUGGAGAGGAGGAGGCAGCAGACGGAUCCCUGUCAGGAGCAGAUCCUCAGCACACUCAGCAACCUGGAGGUGCAGCUGGAAGAGCAGAGGAAGCAGCAGCAGGUGCAAGCUCUCCUGUCCUGUCCUCAGCCGGCCAAAAACAAAACUCCCACCAAGCGUCAGACCAAGCGACCUCGUCUCCAGAGGCCCGCCUCCACAACCACCCUCCUGACCUCUCCCAUCAGCCAGCAGGCCACCCUGCAGCCACAGCAGUUCACCGUUCUCUCCCCCAUCUCUCUGUCCUCUGUGGGUCAGCCUUUCACCAUGGCCGGCCUGCCCAUCGCCUCCCUGGCUCAGUCCUCUAACACAGUCACCCUGCUCCCCGCAGGCUCGCAGCUCUUCACCCGCUACAUGGUGGCCGGGGACGGAAAGACGGACACUAUCACCUUGCAUCCAUCCUCUGGCCUCACACUGGUGGGCACCACCCCAAUGCAGGACUCCAGCCAGCUGGGCACUAUGGUGAGCCCCUUAGAGUUAGUGCACUUGAGCCAGCAGGCUGGGGGGGCAGAGAUGGUGCCCAUAGAAGGCCAUGUGGUGGACAGCACCAUGCUGGUACAGCAGGAGGUGAUGCAGGGCGAGGUGGAGGCUGGCCAGGAGCACACGGUCAUUGAGAUUAACCCAGCCCCGAUGGAGCAGGCAGUGGGAGUGAUGGAGCUGCAGCUAAGCGGGGAGUCGGGAGGGGAUGGAACCACCAUGAUGGUCCCGAGCGGGAUGGAGGUGACGAUGGCAGCAGGGGUGGAGGAGACACAGUGCCAAAUGCAGGAGGCGCAGACUGAAGGGGUUCAGGGGCUGCAGCUGGAUGCCAGUGGACAGUUGUCAGGUGUACAGAUCGUGGUCAUAGAAGAAAAUACUCAGGAAGAAAACAAGGUCAAAUGAGCUGUGCCUCCUGUUUUACCCUGCAGAGCAGGAGUGGACUCAUCCAGCUCUUGCAGACUCAUGAAACUGUAAAUAUAUAAAAUCUCCAAAUCCACAACUCGCCUUGGCCUCCACCAAGCACUAGGGUAGCCAUUUUUUUCUAUUUUGGUGUGCGUGUGCACAAGCAUCUCUCAACUCCUCGAUGAUUUCAAUUGAAACAAAGCAUCAAAACAAAGUAUAUACUGUAUGCUUGUGUUAGAUUAGUAUUUAAAUGAUAAUUCUUGUUAUUACAACUCAGGUCAAAGGUUUCUUAGCAUCUUUCCAAUUGUUACAUGGUGGUCACCAAGUUUACUGCUGAGAUAUGAGAAUGUUUUUCUAAGUAGAAGUCAGACUGGGGAAACAAACAAGUUGUCAGACAUUUCAGACGAACAUAUUUUGAAUGAAAAAACAUUGUUCAUGAACAUCCUCCGCUGUUUGAACUUCCUGCUCGCAGCCAGCUGUACAGAGAUGAACAUUUUAGUUGGCCUCACUUGAAGCAAUGUUUUGGCAAACAAAAGCUUAACAUGAUUAUCAGACUAUUUUAUGGUAACAGCCUUAAAGGAAUGGAUUUUGAUUUAGCGAUAAAUAUCUCACCGAUAAAUUAGCAAAUGUGCCAAAUCAAGAAACGUCCACACAACUAGUUGUUGUUUCUCAUCAGUGACAGGUUUGGAUCUUUAUUGUAAGUGUUGGACAAUAUCACAGGAAGGAUCCCCGCUGACAUAGAACAGUUUGUUAAAUUUCUAACCAGUACCAGAUGUUGUCGCUCCAACAAAGUCCAUCGGCAAAAACAAGUAUUUUACAAAACGGGACAAUGAAAUUUGUGUUUUGAUGUCCCCUGCCUCAGUUGUUGCUGUUAUUUGGUGAUUUUAAGAACAUGAAUUAACAAACCAAAUGAACAGGUAGACCAGCAGCAGCAGAUUUUUUUUACAGUGGAGUCCGGUGUUUUUGUUUAAGAAGGGAUCUAUUUCUGUAUGUGUCCUUUCUUUAAUGUUGCUUCAGACACGAUGAAUAAUAAUAUUAACUGGUCAGUGGUAAAAAUACUUGUAUGCCACAUGGUGCUGCUGUGGGCAGUGUUGUGUGUGUAUAUAUAUAUAUAUAUAUAUAUAUAUAUAUA